AUGACCGAAUUUUUGAGGAGUACAAAUGAAACGGUAAUCUAUAUUAACAUCACAAUUAUAGACGACCUUGAACCAGAGUUUAGAGGUUUUGUAACCAAGGAACUGCUGCAAAUCUUUCGCCUGGUCAAUUACGUCAUCAUAACGGGCCCGGUUAGCCUCAUCGGCAUCAUCUUUAAUAUCAUCAACAUCAUCGUUUUCAUCAAGAUUGGAUUCAAAGAGACUGUAAAUAUUUCCUUUCUGGCCCUAUCAAUAGCCGACCUUUGCUCGCUGAUACCCCUAAUCUGGAUGAGUAUUUGUUCCAACCCUUUAGUGCCCACCCAAAGCGGAGGAAUGGACAACCAGGCUGUACAAGUCAUCGUGGGUUGGCCUCAUGUUUGCUUCAGCCGCAUCUCAGGCGGCUUAACGGCGUACAUCACAUUCGAAAGAUACCUUUGUGUGGCCAUACCGCUCAAGAUCAAACGUAUUAUCACCCCAAGGAAAACCGUUGUUAUUGUUCUCAUCAUUUUCAUCAUCACCAUCGUAGGUAUUAUGCCUGAAUACUUCAGCUUCUGGUUACACCCGUAUGUCAACGCAGAUAACGUCACCUUAACUGGUAUGAUAUAUUAUCAUCAUGGCAGAGAGAUUGAAAACUAUGUACUGUCCUUUGCCGCUUUCUGCCAGCUCUCGUGUUUCAUUGUAGUUAUUCUCAGCACAGGAGGUCUAGUCCACACGCUCAGGGUGAAAUCAAAAUGGAGGCAAUCGACCUCACAGUUUUCAAAGAACAAUAAAGCUCCAGCUCGUGACAGGAAAACAGUUCUAAUGAUCAUAUCAAUCUCUGUGAUCUUCAUUAUCAGUUACCUGCCCCUGUCCGUAUCUCUGGUUGGCAUGACAACUUGCAAAGAGUACAGUAUCCAGGGGCGAUACAAUAACCUGGUGAUUGGGACCGCAACGUUUUUUCUGUGCCUCGAGUCGAUCAACUCAAGCGUCAAUAUAUUUGUAUAUUACAACAUGAGCUCCAAGUUUAGAGCCGCGAUGUUCAGUUUUAUACAUUUUAAAAGAAAAUAG